UUCUGAAACCAACCUUACUAUUUUCCCGCACAGCAUCUCAUAAUAUUUCUUUCAUUUUCUCUGGAACCAAACAGGGGGGCACCUCCGGAUUAGGCGGGGCUUUUGGAAGGCAGAGAGAGAGAAAGAGCUAGGGAGGGAGAGACACCCCUGCGUCUGCGUGUGAGAGAGAGAUUCUUGAAGCUGAUUUCUUCCUUUCUUGAUCCCAACCUAUUAGCCAUCUCCCGACAAUAUGGUCCACCUACAUCCACAUCCCUUUCUUCUUCAUCUUCCUCUUCCUCUUCUUCUUCUUCUUCUUCCCCUCUCUGCAUCACCACCAAGAGGAGGCCUCGUUCCUUUCCUCAUUUCCCAUAACAGGUUCUUCCCUGGAUUUUCUCAUUUUGUUGUUUUUGUGCACGUUUCAUUGUUAUUCUUCUCUCUCUCUCUCUUUUUCUCUAGAGCUCUGUGUUUUGUGGGUGAGAAAGUUGUUCUUUUUGUCUUGUUCGUGUUGCAAAGAAAGAAGGAAAGGUACCUCUGCCUUUCCUACCCCUUUUGAAACUUUUGAUCCCCCUUUUGCCUAACAGCCUUUGUGUGUUCUUUUCUUUGCAAUAAAGUUAAUGCAAGCAACACAUCUAUCUGCCCUUUGAUUGCGCUGUUAACCCAAUUUCUUCUCUUUCUAUCCUUCUUUUAUGUGGGAGAGAGAUAGAGAGGAAAUUAGGAAGAGAGAGAGUUGGAAUGAUGAUGGGUUGAAUUCUGGGAGCAAAGCAUGGGUUGGUGCAAUCAUUGGUUUAGCCUUUUAUCAUCAUCGUUGUUUUUUUUAAAAAAAAAAUAAGUUUCAUCAUUUUUGAAUUCCUUUUUGCUUUUUGGUUAGAAAGGGUGAGGAAAUCCGAUUCCUUCCCAUUUGUCUCUGAUGAGAUUAAGGCGUAGACAAUGCAUUCCUUCUUGUUCUUCUCAUCACAGAUGAAAUAUUGAAUUUAUAAUGUUUCGUCAAGAUGCCAUUCCAUUGAAGGACGCGGAAUAUCUCAUAGUGUUUCUCUUGCUGAUAACUAGUAGUUGACGAAGAUGAAGCUUAUUGGAGACACAAGAAGGCCAGAGAAGAGUUGGCAUGGUCCCAUAAUUCUGCUCACUUAGUAUCCCAGUUAACCCGAUGUUUUACUAGUGCUAUGGUUGGAUCACGAUCAUGGAUAGGAGGGAUCUUUAGCCGCUCUGGCAAUAAACGCUAUGGAAGUGACAAAUUCAUUGACUAUCCUUUGAGUCCUCUUCAGGAAGAGAGACUUCAAAGGCUUCAGGAGAGAUUGCAAGUACCUUUUGAUGAGACCCGAGCUGACCAUCAGGAAGCUCUUAAAGAAUUAUGGUGUGCUGCCUUCCCCAACAUUGCUCUUACAGGUUUGGUCUCUGAACAAUGGAAAGAUAUGGGGUGGCAGGGUCCUAACCCAUCAACUGACUUUAGGGGCUGUGGCUUUAUCUCACUCGAGAAUUUGCUGUUUUUUGCAAAGAAUUAUCCGGAUUCUUUUCAUAGGUUAUUAUACAAACAAGGAGGCGAAAGGGCAACAUGGGAAUAUCCAUUUGCUGCUGCAGGGAUUAAUGUAUCAUUCAUGUUGAUUCAGAUGUUGGAUCUGUGCUCAGAAAAACCAAGAUGUCUUCCCGGAAUGAAUUUUAUUAAAUUAUUAGGUGAGGAUGAGCAAGCCUUCGAUGUUCUGUACUGUGUAGCUUUUGAGAUGAUGGAUGCUCAGUGGCUCGCUAUGCAUGCUUCGUAUAUGGAAUUUAACGAGGUUCUUCGAGUAACACGAACACAACUGGAGCGAGAACUGUCUUUAGAAGAUGUUAAUCAUAUGCAAGAUCUACCAGCUUACAACCUGUUGUUCCAAUAACAUCUUUGGAUGAAUAUGUACUACUGGAAGUCUUGUUUGAAUGCAAACAGCUCCAAAACAAGGGCAUGCGGAAGAAGACACAUCCUAGACCUAUGGAAGAUCAACCGUGUAACCAAGCUUCCAAUUCCGGAUUCUGGGCUUUUACCACUGAAAUGUAAAUCUGCAGGCGUGCACCGAUGCUGGAAACUAAGAACCUCAAAAACAUUGUAGACAGUAGCCGAUUUAAUCAAAUUAUAGAUCGAUUACUCGUUAGGCAUUUGUCCAUGAUCAUUGCUCGUUCAGCAUCCCAGAUGGAACGUGGAUUUGCUGCAGGAGCAGCCUCAAGACACCCAGAGUUUCUUCAGAUUUUAUCCUGUCAAAAACCACAUAAAAGAGAAGAAUCCUGGGAAUUUUGGCCUUGGAUUGGUGCUCAAGUUGUAUGAUACAAAGAAUUUAGAAAUGCCACCCAUCCGAUUCUUUAUUGUGUUCGUAUGAAUGAAUACUGGUGUAAGAAUUCAGGGCUGGUGGUUGAUUCUGAUGCUUUGGUUCAAACAAUUUAGGCAAGUCAUCCAGGAAAGUGUUAUUUUCUUCUUUUUCUCUCUUUUGGUUCAAUUCAGAGAAAUAAUGAUGAUAUGGUGUGAUUUUUUCGCACUUUUACUUGCAGUGUUGAACAUGAAUACUUAUUUUAGUCUUAAUUUAAGUUUGGACAGAGGAGGCUGCAACUGACAGUUGACACUGACAAGUACUGUUAGUCAGGGUUCAAAAAUUAUUACAUCUUUUAUAGCCACCUCAUAAACCACUCGUAUGUUAAACUAAAAGUGACUCCUAAUC